AUGGUGUUCCCUAGGGCUUUGGGAUACGUGGAUGAGGCAACCACGGAUCUUCUCCAUAGACUCAGUAAGAGGGUCACCUCUGUCCCUGCAAUAUUGGCAGAGACAUUCAGGUCCUUAGGCGCAUGUAGGAAAGCUGGCACAAGCAGGUUUGUUGGUUGUGCACAAUUGCUUCUAGCUUGGUUCUAUAGUCAUUUUUGGUUGAUAGAUAAGGUCGUUUGUCGGGUUUUCUUCGAGGAUUACUCACUGCUGAAGGACAUAGUCACUUCAAUUAGGAGAUUUGAUGUUCUAGAAGAGAAUUGGAUUGCACUACUUCAAAAUCUUCAGUCAAAAGAUGUUGAGUGGAGAGCUCCGUGGAUGAUUCCUGGUGAGGUUCUUUACCGUUGCGGCAGUUUCAAUUGGGUCCCUUUAUUGGGAAUUUGGGGUGCCAUUGGUUAUGCUCCCUUGCUCGUGUUAAGGCAAUUCGGUUUGAGGCAGUUCGUGCCAGCGACUCAUGGGCUAACUCAAAGUGAGUUCGCAUAUAGAGGAGCCGAUUACAAGAAAAGGGUCGGUGAGAUCUCUAGCGCUUGGAACAAGACGUGCCGGUUGAAAGGAGUAGCUAUUGGCCCUGCUACGACUCCAGAAUAUGUUGAAUGGAGAGGUAGAAGGAUCAAUGAUAACAUUCCUGAGCCAAAUAUGGAAGGAGCUCGACCGAUGGAGGAAUAUCUACAAGUGAUGCCCUCGGAGUUAGAAAUUAUGAAGCAAGAAUUUGAGAGGAAAAAUCUGGAGCUCUAG